AUGCUCCGCCGAAAACCUACCGCCAUCACACUUACCUCUGAAGACGUGGCUGCGUUUGAAGACGCCCGGAAUCGCGAGAACAAUGGUGGCCGCACAAAGCCAAAGGACGGAGCAAUUGAUCCAAACGACGAAUUGAGACCGCUGCCGGGCGAGAAGGCUCGAUCGAGCAGGCUUAGUCCGUCCAAUCCGCUCAAAUACGCCCAUUUCGUCGAUUUCGUGACCGACAUCGUUCUUGACCAGACGCGCCGCUGCAAUAACCGCCUCGGUAGCAUGGGUAGCUUGGCCCCCAGCCUCUCUAGAUCAGGGUCUAUAGGAAAUACCAAAGGGGAGGGUUAA